AUGCACUGGCGCCGUAGUGCACAUGAUCUCUGCGGGUCUCGGUCCUCUCCAGGGGGACACCUCUCUGGUCAGUGUGCUCUCAGCCAGGGCAAGGAUGGGGUCUGGCGGUGGCGAGGCCUACCUGCUCAGUCGUGUGCUGGCGCUGUGUGGCACGUGGUCUCUGCUGGUCUCGUGCCUCUCCAGGGGGGCGCCUCCCUGGUUGGCAUGCAGUCAGCCAGGCUAAGGCGCUGGGCAGGCUAUGGGACGGCAAGACGCAGAUGUAGGGAAAGAAAUACAGAUGUCGAACACCACCUGGAGGGUUCGCAGGCACGUCCAGCACUCAGGUUGCACAGUGAAUUGAAAGAUGCUGAUGAAAAGCCAUUGGAGGCCCUUCCCUUUGGCACAGAGAUAGGAAAUGAUAUAUAUACAGAUGAUGAAACAGUCAGGAACCUUCAAAAACAAUUGCAACUAGCAAAUCAAGAAAAAGUUCAGGCUGUGGAACUCUGGCAGACUGUUUCUCAGGAAUUGGACAGACUGCAGAAACUUUACCAGGAACAUAUGACUGAGGCCCAGAUUCAUGUGUUUGAAAGUCAAAAACAAAAGGAUCAGCUGACCAGUUGUCAACAACUAACCAAGCAACUUCAUGUUACUAAUGAGAAUGUGGAAAUGACUAACCAACACUUUCUGAAAACAAUAACUGAACAAAAUGUGGAAAUCGAGCACCUCCGAAAACAACUUAG